GGUCACCCCAGCGCGGAGGUAUCGAUUGGUAACAACACAAACGGGACGUCGAUAUAGCGCCUAUCUCCUCAUGUUUGUCGCAUAAAAUGAAAAGAGAACCUUUUUAUAUUUACCGGUGAUCGCUUUAUCCCUAAUUUUUUUAUCAAAACAAUUCUCAAUUAGUAUAAUUCGGUGCUAAAGAUAGUGCAAAAUGUAGGCAUAUCUAUAAAGCUUCAAUGAAAAACUGAAACCUGCAAUCUUUGAGGAGAAAAUUACAGUGAUCAUGGUUUUCAAGAAUGGAAAGUGAACGAGAGACCAGUGCGAUGAGCAAGCUCAGCCUGUUAGGUGGAGGGGAAGGUUGCGGUGCAAGGUGGACCCUUGGAGCACUACUCCUUGCGCCCCUGGCAGCUGCGAACUCCAGCUAUUGCGCUGUGCCUGCUGUGCUUUUGCUUUCUGCCUUCAUAACUUUGGCAACACUUACAGGUCGAGAUCUAAAGAAGUUGUCAGAACUACUGCCACCCUCUAGAACAGCUAGAGGCCGACGAGAAAGAAACCUGCGCUCGUUUGGCGAGUUUAUGGUUAUGUGGAUGUGUUUCCUCUCCCAUUUGGUUGCUGUCGCCGUGUGUGCCAGGAUCCUGAGUGCCACAGCCGAUCAUGUCACUGGUGGAAGAACCAGGAGAUGGCUGUUUGGUUAUGAGACGCGGUCUCUGGGAGAACCUUGGCCUGAUGUGUUAGGUGUUACGGUUGUGAUGGUAGUGUGCGCCAUGUUUAUGUGCGGGCUGGAGGAAAGUAUGAUGUUUACAUUCAUGUUGCUAGUUGUUUUGUACAUAUUCAGCCAAUGUUUUGCUAUAUUUGGCUUGAUAAAUUUGGACAUCGAAAAUAUUAAGAUACCAAUUCCAAUAACACUUUACGAGAUAUUUGCAGCAGGGGCGCCAAUAUCCUACGCGUUUAGUGUUGUUUCACCGCCGAAAGACAACGAGACUAUGAAAAAGAAAAUGAUCAUUAUGAUCGUUUUACCGACUGUAGUCUUAAGCAGUUUAUGUUUUCUCUACACUAACAUGUUAAAAGGGACAAGCAUCGAUGCAGCAUUACCUGUAACCACUCUGUUGGAAGCUAGGACAGCAGAAUGGGUUUAUCCAGUUAUAGCUGCCAUCACUGUCGCCGGUAUAUGCCUCGCCUUGACAGAAUUGUGUCCUAUACUCUUCUCUAUACUAGUAGUCUUAGCUUCUCCAGAAUGGAAAGUACUAACAAGGUCCAUGACAUACGAGAGCAGUACUACUGGCAGCCCUGUUCUGGCCGUCUUUACUGCAGGAAGUCUUGCAGCAAUCCUCGCCUUCGCAUGUCCUCUGUCACACAUGAUAACAUUAAUGAACGCAAGUCAUUUACUAAGUAUUUCCAUACAAGCGUUUAAUUUCAUCAUCUUGCGAUGUGUGCCGACAGCUGAACAGAUGGAAGCUGGAGAUGUAGAAUAUAAACGUCUUGGUAACGAAAAUACGCGUGCAGCAAAAUCCUCAGAGAAAAAGGCCAAACGCGGCUUAUGGUUUAUUCCAUCAGCACUACGUCAUACCAAAACUUUGGAAAGCAUCAAGUCGAAAGUUACUAAAGCAGAUACUGAAGACCGCGAAUGUCUCCUCCUCGACGAAUAUGCUAACUGUCCGUCGGAAGAAAUAGAUCAAGUAACUAGUGGCAGUAGUGGUACAAAAGCUUUAACAUUAGCUGAAGAAGAGGAUGUCCAAUCAGAUAUUGAUGUUAGUGAAGCGGAAAUAUCCUCGGGGGAUGAUUCCACUGAUAUCGACGCAGUAGUCAAAGAAUAUAGAGAUCGAAUACAGGUGGUGACCGCGAUACCAGUAGCCAGCUUGCCAACUCCACCGUGUAUGCGGGGAGCGCGCUGGUCGGCCGUUGGAGCAGUUUUCCAAGUUCUGGCUGAUGCUUUUAUUGCCGUUGCCUUUUGCAAAGAGACUUUACGAGUGCCAAUGUUUGCUACUGGAAUACCAUUAUGGCUAUGCGGUACCUUCAUAAGCACCUGGCAACCGGCACACGACAUCGGCUUGAAGAGACUGCAGAAGUUUCAGGGUCCCUUGACGUUGACAAUAUCUUCCUUGCUACUCACGCCACUUCUCGUCACUUCGUGGCCUGCCAUUAUACUCUUCGCUGGAGCUGGAGUAGUAAUUUACGCCCGUUGCGAACGUUGGUGCGGAGAUCUGGCAGUGCAGCAGGCUCGGAGUACGCUCGAGAAACGCAAACUGCGGCACGUCGCCUCUGCCACGCCGCUCACCGGCGCGCGACUGACUCACGUCGACACCGUGUAUAUUGCCAGAUGACAAGAAGACGACUCGGAUACGAGUCUGGAUAACCUGAUAGAUGAAGAGGACAACGGAGAUGCUGACACCGAAUGACACGUAGCGAACACGGUAAUCAUCAUUGCCGACUAGAGAGUGCACCUACAUAUAAUAUACAUACAAUAGAUACUUUCCUGUAGACAAUUACCUACUGUAUUGUGUUUUGUGGUGCGUGUUACCUACAUCUUAAGGCACGAAGGCAUUCUAUUUGAAGACGAGCACAUAUUAUUAAUAUCUGUCGUGGGCGCUGGCUCGCUGACGUUCGAAUUAGGCCAAAAUGCAUUGCAACAACACACCACAAGCACAGCCCAAAAGUUUGUCUGCACCUUAACCUUUACCGCGUUAAGGCUGCCUUUCCAUCAAUGAUGUACAAGGAUGUGAAACAAAGGAUCUCUUCAUUUUCAUAAUAUUUGAACGCAUCUUUUUCAUGACUAAGAUGAGCUAUAAGCAUUUAUUUCAAUCAAUCAUGGUCCUAGUGGUCGAAUGAAAUCAUAGGGUCUAGAGUCUAGACAGACAGCAUUUGGACUGCAAGCCGAGUCUGCAAAAUUGACUGAUUGCAGUUGCCACAACUGCUGACAGACUGCGCAAUCCGUGUGCAGUCGGCGUGCAGUUCUA